UAGUCUUCUUCUUACUACCCUUAUCUCUUUUUACAGAAUCUUGAACAUCUCUGGUAGAAGUCGCUCUUUUGUUGCACCUUGUUUCGUUUCUUAUAGUACUACCUCGUACACCCGUCCCUUGUACACCAUGCUCUACCACACCGUCCUCGCCUCUCUGGCGCUUGUACGCCUGAGCGUAGCUGGCUACGUCCUGCAAGAUGACUAUAGUGGUGGCAACUUCUUCAACAUGUUCAACUUCUAUACGGGUGGUGACCCGACACAUGGUUUCGUCCGAUAUGUCGAUCAAGGGACAGCCUCAAGCACCGGCCUCAUUAACACUAAUGGUCCAGCCUAUAUCGGGGUCGACCAUAACAAUGUUACACCCAAGGGGCGCCCUAGUGUCCGUCUGGAAAGCAAGAACUCGUACAAUGACGGUCUCAUCAUCAUCGACCUUGCUCACAUGCCCGCAUCGACUUGUGGCACAUGGCCUGCUUUCUGGAUGUUUGGCCCCAACUGGCCCAACAAUGGUGAGAUCGAUAUUAUCGAGGGUGUCAACGACCAGACACAGAACAAGAUGACAUUACACACCGCCCCUGGCUGCACCAUCGAGAACAGAGGUGGCAUGCUCGGCUCCAUAGCCACCGGAAACUGCGACGCCAAUGUCGACGGAAACACCGGCUGCGGAAUUACGGACCAGUCUACCGGAAGCUAUGGUACUCCGUUGAACAAUGCAGGAGGGGCCGUCUUCGCUACUGAAAUCCGUAGCGACGCCAUUGCCAUCUGGCGCUUUGCUCGAGGCUCUGUCCCCGGUGAUAUCAACAGUGCCACCCCGAAUCCUUCUACUUGGGGAACGCCACAGGCUCUGUUCCAAGGUGGUUGCGACAUUGACAAGUCUUUCAACAGCCUCAACAUCAUCUUCGACACCACCUUCUGCGGUGACUGGGCCGGCGCCGUCUGGGGCGGGUCUUCGUGCGCUGCAAAAGCAGGUACGUGCAACGACUACGUCGCCAACAACCCGGGUGCAUUUUCCGACUCGUAUUGGAGCGUCAACUCGCUCAAGGUCUUCAAGAGCGUCGCCGCUGUUAGGGCCCAGGACGAGGCUGUGCCCGUUGCGGCUCCGUCUGCUGUCGUGGUUUCUCUACCUGUCGCCUCGCCUAUCGUAAGUGACGUCCCGCAUCACGAGGAGCUUUAGAUCUGUCUUGCUACGACGUUUCAUGGACACACUACAUUCUCCCUCCUCCGUCCACCUCACAUGAAUCCCCUCCCUCCUAUGCAUCACACUAGCAUUUUGUUUCCUGGCGUCCGGCGUCCGGCGUCC